AAGACAUUGAAACUUGCGAGUCUCAACACCGCUGAUCCAUCCAUUCAAUGUCUGUUUUUUCGUCUCUAUAGAAUACAUUAUGCUCCGCAACCGACCUUCAAGGGUUACUCUCGGUAUGGCUGAUGUCAACCAGACCAAGCAACGCCUGAAGCUCAAGCAGACCUCUCAUCCCCUUGUUGCACAGACUGACUGGGCUUAUGCCCAUAUCCAACACCAUAGCACCAAUCAGCCUGCUCAACCCCACUAUCGGUUCCGUCAAGGGCCGCAGAGAUCGAGAGACGCGAGUCUUGUCCAGCUCGACCCAAACCGCCAUGUUCCACAGUUUGCCGUUUACGAGUCGACUGACUCUGCCGAAGACAGCGAUUCGUCUCAGACGAUCCCUCACAUCGCUCGGCUUGUACAUAUAGCUGAGGUCAGUCCCACCAUCACUGAGGUACCUAGCUACGAUCCACCUGCUCUCCUAGAUAUUUCUCCCAGAAGACGACUUACACACGACGAUUAUCAGCCUGGACCCAUCGCCCAUCAUCACCGCCACCCUGGAGCAUCACUUGAGCCUGACACAUAUCGUUACGACGACGCGCUCGAGUCUGAUCUGAAUCAUCGAUCGGACUUUUGGUAUCAGCAUUCUCGCCGCAUCACCAAUCACCCCCACCAAAGACAUAACAAUCCAAGGACAACACCUCUCUCUCAGCGAGGGCACAAUCCAGCCGCCAUCCCGUUCGCCCCUCGUGUGCACUUCGGUUCCCCUCUCGAAGAGUUGCCUCCCCAUCACAGAUCCAACAUGGCCUCGGUCUACCGACGAGGAGGAAGUAUCAGGCCAAGAGCUCCAACGGGACGUAACCCCAGCUACGGUCGUGGUGAUAUGAAUUACCAGGCAAGACCGAGGCCUAUAUCCCGAUCUAGGGCCUCUAUGAUGUAUGGACGGUCAUCAGUCAGGAGUGCUCGCCGCCCUGGUGGACAUGUCAGACUACCAGCCGCGUCGUCGAUAGACGCAGUGAUGGAUCGUUACCCAGUCUUCCCUUCUAUGUUGGCCCAGGCUCAGGCUAAGAGACCGGAUCGGCCAUCAUCGGCACGCACAGGCAACCUUGUUAAUGGACGAGGCAUAAUCAAACCACCUACAGAGCUCGGUACCGCUCAUAUGUUGCCCUCCCAAUCCAGGUUAUCGUCGACCACUGAAUCUCUACCUUCAGUCCGCUCUCGCGCUUCUAACAGCAGUUUUUCGACACCAGACUUAUUUGCUGCUCUGAGAGGACAUCCAACCCGCAGCCACGUGGGUUCUCGGUCAUGGGAAGAGCGCCUUAGUCCUCAAUUGAGCAGCGCACGUACUUCACGUGCUGGAAGUUGGACCUCCUCUCUUCUUGGGUCUCGAUCAGACGAAUAUCUUGAUCACCAGCGCGCUGGACUUCCACCGCCAUGUUCGCCUCUUGAUCGUCUCACUCAAGAGUUGCGGCGUUUGUCUACGAGUCUGCCGUCACAGUCGCAGUCAUCUCUGGGAUGUACCUCUCGUGUGACAUCAACGGAUGGGAGGCUGCUGGAUGUUGAUACAUUCUAUGCAGGCUCCGACGAAGAGAUCGUAGAGCGAGACACUCGGAUAUAUGACCGUCCAGGAAGGCGCAACUCAUCACACAUUGAUGGAUACUACAGUACGGACGGACAAGACACCAAGUCGUCUCGUGAGCCUCGGCGUCACGUUGGCAUAGCAGCGCGAAUUGCAGACGUAGAGGCCGACUGUCAGAGUGGACUUAGCAGACUGCUCCCGCUGUCACCUUCAACUCAGUCCGCUAGCUCGAUCCCUGGCUUUGACGCUGCCAUGUUGGAUAGCUUCCCGCCCAAUAAUCUGCCCUCUCGUGUUCCAAUCACACCAGCACGUCAGCUUGCGAGCUGUCCAAGAUCGCCAUACACAUCCAGGACCGUUCUUCGCUCCCAUGCAAUAGCUAGGGUAAAGGUGUAUGACGACGGCCAGCCACCUAGUACGCAGCCUCAGACCCCAACAGACCUCCAUCAUAGAUUCAGGACACACUUGCCUACUGAGUCUAUGGCUGUCUCCUGCCACACGGAGCGGAUGCUUGCCAAAGCCCCAGUCAUGGAUCAAUCGCCUGUGGCGGUAUCACAUAACGUUAAACGAAACACCUACCCUUCUUCACAGCAGGGACCAUCACAGCCACGUGAUACAAGUUCGCAAUCGUCAAGUCCCUACUCGCCAAACCUUGAUCUGAGGACUGCUGCAGCCAUCAGCGCAGUCGAGAGACGACGGACUGCUCGUGUGAUUUCCAACGAGAAUGUCAUCGAUCCGAGCACAAACGGUAUGGAGGCUGAAAGGGAGGCAUUUUUGAGACGUGGAGCAGCGGAUGGUACCGACACGCUGGAUUGUACUCCCCCUCAUGAAGGCAGGUAUGAGAAGUACAUCUCACGAUGAAUUUUGGGAUGGCCGUUGAUUUGGACCAUAGGGUCAUGGGAGUAACGACAUUUUUAGACCAGAUAUUUUCGAGUCAUCAGCACCGUCGCAACACGUAGAGUACUAGUCGAGUGGACUUGCUACAGGCAGUAGAAAUAGACACAUUCAAUUGAUACCUGAUAUAUCUCGAU